AUGAGUUCUGUAGAGGAAUUAACAAUCGAAAAGAUCCGAGAGGUUAUUCGUGAUACAACUACCUUUGAUCAGGAUGUUCAAAACGAAAACACUCGAAUUUCCGACAUUUGGUAUUCCAAUCCCGAAUAUUAUCGAUUUUGCAUUGAACUAUUCAACGCACAUCAUAAUUUAAAGGAAGUAUUCUUAGCCGCCAUUACAGCAACUCAAAUGGUCCAGUUAUAUUACAGUGUUCUCGGUGAUAAACUCUCCGAAAUUUAUAAUUCAGCUGCUCAAUUACUUAUCGAUGGCAUAGAUGAUGAACAAUGCGUCUGUCAGCUCCUCCGUCUUCUUGCAAUCAUUUCUUUUUAUAAUAUAGAGUUUUUCAACCUUCCAAUUCUUGAUUCGUUUUCUCUUGAGUAUAAAUACAUUUUCUUCACAUCAUUCGAUGAAGUAUGCGAGCGCGUUACAAGUCUUGAAGUUACAAAUAUUUUCUUGCAACUUACAGAGCCAAUUUUAGCCGAAUCAGAUCCGAGCCCACAAUGGCUUAGAUUACUCGCUACAGUUACUAAGAAUGAAUCCAACAUGGGAGAAAUGCUCCAAUUCAUGCCUAAAAUCGAAUCAAUCCUUAAUGAUCCCGAUUGUUUUCCUGGAUUAUGCUCUGUAUUAACAAGCGCCCUCUAUUUCGAGUUCAUCAACAUAUCAGAACAAGAGAAACAGUUCCUACAGAACCUUAUUACCGCUGUAUUGAUUGCAGCCACGAAUUUACUUAGUUCUCCAAAUGUAGACCUCAAUGAGAUCUCCUCUGUCUUCCAGAUCUUCGGAGAAAUCGUAGAUUACGGUGGCGGAGAAGAAUUCAACCUCGGACCGGAAAAUAUCGAAUUCUUUACACAGAUCUUGAACAGAAUGCUUGAAAUUGCAGAGCUUGUUAAUGAAGCCAACACAGAUUACAUCGGAUUCAUCCAGAAGCUCUGUUCUCUCUUUUCAAGUCUUUAUACUUCGGCUCUCUCGAAAAACUAUCAAUACACAGAAUUUCCUUACACAGAACAGUUCGAACAUAUCAUCGCGUUGCUGUUUAAUACGAUAAACAUCAUUAACCAGGAAAAUUCUGAGUUUAAUAAGAAAGAAUUUGCAGAAGUCAUAUCAGAACUCACGAAAAUACCUACAGAAUACCAACCACUAUCCAAAUACCUUAUCGAAUUUCUCCUGAAAGAUGCAGAAUACGCAACAUUUUUCUUUACAGCUCAUAUUCCAGUUGCUUAUCGCCGCCACGUUGCACAGCCCAUCGCCCAGUUCAUUAUUGACAAUUACUCGGAGCAUGACCCAUUUGCUCUACCUUACGCCCUUAAUUUCCUUGCAUCAAGUAUUUAUCUGCUUUCUUCCCACCAAUUACAAGCAGCUACGACCAUUGCAUGGAAUAUAUUUGUCCAGAACUCAACAUACGACAAUGCAUUGUUCAUAAACAUCAUUGUUAAGAAUCUCCAAUUACAAUUUGCCCAAAACAACAUUUACAGAGAGGAAAUCAUAUCAAUAGGCACAUCAGCACAUUCCUAUCUCAUCAUUCCUUUCUAUACUACCUUAAUGAUGCCAAUUCCAUGGGUAAAUGAUCCAGAUUCUCGACAAAUGUUGUUUAACGAGGCAUUGGAACUCGUUGUUGGCAAAAUUAGUAUGAAACAAGAUUUAGUGAAGGUUUACCAGUUCCUUUCUAUGUUUGUUUCUCAUUUGGACAACGAAUUAAAGACAAUUGCCGAAGGAGAAGUUAUUUUGUACAACCAGGAAAAGGAAAACUACAAACAGAAACGUAUCCUUCUGUUUACAACCAUCAGACAACACAUUAUGUCCAUUUUCGAGUUACUUGGAGAUUCAUUGUAUCCUGACAACGAAGAAGCGGUCCAAAAAGCCUGCAAACUGAUGAGAAGGUCAAUAGAAGCCAACCUUGUCACUCCUUCAUUCUCUUUGCAGUGGAUGGUCAACACUUUCGAGAGAACAAGGUCGAAAUACAUAAUUAAGAUUUUCUCGAAGAUAGAUCUGAAGAUUCUCGCAAAGAUCGCUGCAGAGAAAAUUAUUCCUUUCCUUUCUAUCGAGUAUAUUUCGGAAAUGGACCAAGCUGGAUACAGAUGCGCAAUUGAUCUCAUUGACAAGCCAUUGAGAAGCAUUUGGACACCGCCAACAACAUUCUUUGAGGUGUUCAAUCUCGAGUAUAUCAUCAAUAUGCUGUCAAUGCCCCAAAUUGAUCCGAAAAUGUUUAUGUUCGUGUCAGAUAUCUUCCAGGUAAGGGUUGCAACAGCACCUCAUGAAUGGGCACAGCCUAUAACUGAAGUUAUCCUACACAACGUAUUCCAUUUCUACAGUUGGGACCUGAUUUCGGACGCAUUGGCCGCAAUUUACCAAAUAACGGCCACACAGGCUGUGGAUGCGGACUUCGUCAAGGGAAAAAUACUGGAGUACGAACAGGACCAGGAAAUCGCUGCAAUGUUCAACGUGAUGUUCGAUUUCAGAGUUGCUUCUCUACAAGGUGUUCAUGAGUUGAAGUUUAACCCGCAGGGAUUGAACAGACUCGGAAAGCUCAUUAUAGAAAGAGCAAGACACCUUUUAACCUCAAAUGAAUGA